AUGGACUUUGUAGCCCUGCCAAAAAUCGAGCUCCACGCUCACCUCACAGGCAGCAUCUCCCGCCAAACCCUCCACGAGAUAUGGCUCGCCAAGUCCGCCGCCGGCGAAACAGACCUCCAAGACCCUCUGCUCGUCAUGCCAGAAGGCAAGCAUGAUUUCAAUCUCGAAACCUUCUUCCCCCUCUUCAGCAAAUACAUCUACGCCCUCCUCACAGACGCAACCUCGCUCCGCCACGCAACGGCCUCCGUCCUGCAGUCCUUCCUCCGCGACGGCGUCGUGUACCUCGAGCUCCGGACGACCCCCCGCGCGACGCCCCAUCUCUCCGCGGAGCAAUACGUCUCCGUCAUCGUCGACGCAAUCUCCGCCUUUGAAGCGUCCAACCCUUCGCUGCACACCCGGCUCAUCCUCUCCGUCGACAGACGCGACGACUUGGAAAAGGCCGAGUCCACGCUCUCCAUUGCACUGUCCUCCCUCUCCAACAACAACAACAACAACAACAACCGCACCUCCUCCUCCUCUUUGCCAGAGUCCAUCAUCGUAGGCCUCGACCUCUGCGGCGACCCAACCGCCCGCCCCAACGGCGCCAUAUCCGUCUUCACCCCCGUCUUCACGCGUGCCCGCGCCGCAGGCCUCGGCAUCACCCUCCACUUCGCAGAGACGCCCGCCAGCGCCUCCCCCGCCGAGCUCGCAGCGCUGCUCUCCUGGCGGCCGCACCGCCUCGGCCACGUCAUCUGGGACGACGCCGACUCGAAGCGCGAGAUUGCGCGGAGGAAGGGCGAGCUCUGCUUGGAGCUGUGCUUGAGCUGCAAUGUCCAUGCGGGCAUGGUCCAGGGCGGGUUCGAGGGGCAUCAUUUUGGGGGGUGGAGGGCUGUGGAGGGGGUUAAGGUGACGCUUGGGACGGACGACGUGGGCAUCUUCGGCAGCCCCCUGUCCAACGAAUACCGCCUCGUCGCGCAGCACUUCCGCCUCGACAAGGCCCAGGUCUGUGCCCUCGCCAGGGAGUCCAUAGAUGCCAUCUUUGGCGGCGACAAGGAGAAGGAGAGACUGCGGAGCAUCAUGUGGACUUGA